CUUCCGGAUUCCCGAACGCCAAAUCCCAUUCCCAUCCCCACCCCCAACUGCUGCCCUUUUGUCAACUCCACUUCUCCCCACCACCGCCGCCCUCCGUGCUGACGCCUCUUGCUCCCCGGAACCAUCGCGACAAGCUCGCCGAGAGGCCGCCGCCAUGGAUGAGGAGUACGACGUGAUCGUGCUGGGCACGGGGCUCAAGGAGUGCAUCCUCAGCGGCCUCCUCUCCGUCGACGGCCUCAAGGUUUUGCACAUGGAUAGAAAUGACUAUUAUGGUGGAGAUUCCACUUCUCUCAACCUUAAUCAGCUCUGGAAGAAAUUUAGAGGGGAAGACAAGCCCCCGGCACAUCUAGGCUCAAGCAAAGAUUACAACGUAGACAUGGUUCCAAAGUUUAUGAUGGCAAAUGGGACAUUGGUUCGAACCCUCAUUCACACUAAUGUAACGAAGUAUUUGUCAUUCAAAGCUGUUGAUGGGAGCUUUGUCUUCAGCAAAGGGAAGAUCCACAAGGUUCCCGCGACUGAUAUGGAGGCUCUGAAGUCUCCUUUGAUGGGCCUUUUUGAGAAACGCAGAGCAAGGAACUUCUUCAUUUAUGUCCAAAAUUACGAUGAAGCUGAUCCAAAAACACAUCAGGGAUUGGACCUUACUACGUUGACAACUAAAGAAUUGAUAGCAAAGUACGGCUUAGUUGAUGAUACAGUGGAUUUCAUUGGCCACGCGCUUGCUCUCCAUAGGGAUGAUCGUCACCUCAAUGAACCAGCACUUGAUACUGUGAAAAGGAUGAAAUUAUAUUCGGAGUCUCUUGCACGUUUUCAAGGGGGCUCGCCUUAUAUUUAUCCUCUAUAUGGGUUGGGUGAGCUGCCACAGGGUUUUGCACGUCUAAGUGCUGUUUAUGGUGGCACUUACAUGUUAAGUAAGCCAGAAUGCAAGGUUGAAUUCGAUAUGGAAGGAAAAGCGUGUGGUGUUACAUCAGAAGGUGAAACCGCAAAAUGCAAGAAAGUUGUCUGCGAUCCUUCGUACUUGACCAACAAGGUCAGGAAGAUCGGCAAAGUUGCACGUGCAAUUGCUAUUAUGAGCCAUCCAAUCCCAAAUACAAAUGAGUCCCACUCAGUCCAGAUUAUUUUGCCACAGAAACAACUUGGACGCAAUUCAGACAUGUAUGUCUUCUGUUGCUCAUACACCCACAACGUCGCACCAAAAGGGAAGUUCAUUGCAUUUGUCUCUGCAGAAGCGGAGAGUGAUAAUAUACAAUCCGAACUCAAGCCUGGUAUUGAUCUACUUGGUCCAGUAGAUGAGCUCUUUUUUGAUAUGUAUGACAGAUAUGAACCAGUGAACGAACCAUAUCUUGAUAAUUGCUUCAUCUCAACGAGCUAUGAUGCUACCACACAUUUUGAGACAACUGUGACAGACGUUCUUAACAUGUAUACAAUGAUCACCGGAAAGACUAUUGAUCUCAGCGUUGAUUUGAGUGCUGCUAGUGCUGCUGAAGAAGAAUACUAGAUUUCAUAAUCAAAAUACGGCCGUUCUCUUCAAACACUGCAGGACAAACCAUAACAAAUGUCCUGACUAUUUCACCCGCAGAUCAAAAGUUUGUGUUAUGGCCAUUGUCUUCUGCAUGCUUGUCGCUUGCAGCAAUAUGGAAAAAAAUGUUGGUUCCAGACGAUUGAACCAUGGUGGCUUUAUUUACUACUGUACUAGAAGAGUAAUUAGUGAAUGAUGUGAACAGUGAGCAGGGUUGGCUAUGAACUUUGUGGUUUUAUGUAUGUAUCAUAAUAUAACUGUUAAAAUAAGUUUACAAUUCUGGCUACGAACAGGGUUGAUAUUCCAAA